UUAAACACGCCUACACCUGAGAGCACAACUACAACCCCAAACACACCUACACCUGAGAGCACAACUACAACCUUAAACACGCCUACACCUGAGAGCACAACUACAAUCCCAAACACACCUACACAUGAAAGCACAACUACAACCUUAAACACACCUACAACUGAGAGCUCAACUUCAACCCCAAACACACCUACACCUGAGAGCACAACUACAACCCCAAACACACCUACACCUGAGAGCACAACUACAACCCCAAACACACCUACACCUGAGAGCACAACUACAACCCCAAACACACCUACACCUGCGAGCACAACUACAACCCCAAACACACCUGCACCUGAGAGCACAACUUCAAGCGCUCCUACAACACCUUCAGUAGUGACUGCAGCAUUUAACUUGACCUUCAGCAUGAAUGAAAGCUUUGUUGAAGCUCUCUCCGAUCCCAACUCUCUUGUGUUUAAAAACAAAUCUGCAAGAAUCAUUAACACGAUUGCACCAAUUUACAGAGCAGCCACUGUGAACUUCAUCCAGAUGAUAAUUUGUAGUUUCAGGAACGGUUCUACUGUGACAGACACCAUUCUUGAAUUUACUAAUAAUGCCACCAUUCCAACUAUCUCCACGAUCAAAGAAAUCCUUGUGAAUGCAACCAACAUGUCAGACUUGAACAUUAUUACAGAGUCUAUAAGUGUCACUGAGACGGCUGCAGCAUCCUGUCCAGCAUCAAACAUCACUACAAUCCCAAACACACCUACAACCAAAAACACACCUACACCUGAGAGCACAACUACAACUGAGAGCACAACUACCACCCCAAACACACCUACACCUGAGAGCACAACUACAACCUUAAACAUGCCUACACCUGAGAAGCACAACUACAACUGA